AUGCUUGCAAGAAUUAGGGAAGUAGUUAGUAUUGCUAAUGGCUCUACUAGCUCUGAUCCGGAGAGCAAAAGGCAAGCGAUUGAGUACUUCGAGCAAUUGAAAAAUGAUGUUCAGUCCACAGAGAUAUUUGUCUCUUUGAUGACUGAUGAAGGUUCUGAUGACCUUAUGAGGUUUGUGGCAUUACAAGUCGUCUGCGAGCAAAUAGGCAACGGCAUCCUCUCCCAAGCGCAACUAACUUUUGUCAGAAAUGCUGCCAUAGAACUACUAAGAUCAAAAGUCAACGUACCGAAUGGGAAUCUGAAAAGUACACCCGAAUAUAUUAGAACAAAGAUAGCAGAGUUGGUAACAAGAUUAUUCUAUGUUUUGUAUCAAGAUCAAUGGCAGAGUUUCUUUCCAGAUUUAACGGAAAUUUUACAGAUCCAAUCAUUGCUCGAAAAUCCAAAUGAGAAUUUCUCAUUGAUAGGUAUUGAUUAUUUUUGUAGAAUUUGCGUUUUUAUCAAUUCUGAGAUUGCAGACCAGACUUUUGUGAGGUCUAAAGAAAUACAACAGAAAAAUAAUGAUCUAAAAGACCAAAUGCGUGUACAAGAUGUACAACGAUUAGUUACCAUAUGGAUUAAUACUUUAAAGAGUAUAGCACCAAAUAAACAGCCUGAUAUUGCCAUAAUGAUUAUGGCAUGCAUAGGGUCUUAUAUUUCAUGGAUUGAUGUUACGUUGAUCGUGGUUCCUGAAUAUGUUUCCUUGAUUAUCAACUAUCUAGAAUUUCCUGAAACUAAAAUAUCCUGUGCUCAAUGUUUAUGUGAAAUCAUAUCUAAGAAGAUGAAGCCUGUUGACAAGUUGUCACUUCUCAGUUUGUUAGAUUUAACUACAAAGGUGGCAUCAUUUGACAAUAGUGUAGAUGAUGUAGACAUUUCCGAACAAUUGGCAAGGCUUGCAUCUGCUGUGGGUACAGAACUGACUAUUAUAUUAGAGCAGUGCAACGAGGCUAAUCCUCCAACAGAAGAAUCCCAGCAGUUAUUUUCCGCAGCAGAUCAACAAAUCCUGUUGCAGGUUAUUCCUUUGAUUCUGAAAUUUAUGUUACAUGAAUAUGACUCUGUUACACAACAAAGUUUUCAAUUUAUAUCACAAUAUCUAGCCGUCAUGAAGAAAAUGUUUGCUGUGGGUGGCAAGGCUGGAUCAGUUGUUGCUGUGAAUUCCAAGAGGCAAUCGCUAGACUCAGCUCAUGAAGAGUUUUUAGUUUCAUUACUACAGGUAUGUUUCAAAAAGAUGAAAAUAGAUGAGUCUUGUACAGAAGAAAGUGUUGAUGAUAUUGAAGUGUUUUGUGAGAGUAUUAGAUCCAAACUUAAGGUGUUCCAAGACACAGUUGCUGUUAUCAAUCCUCAAAUUUUUUUAACUAAUAUAUCAGCUUGCAUUCAAAACCUAAUAAACAGCGCGGAUUGGAGAGAUAUAGAAUUGGUCAUUUAUCAACUUCAUAAUCUCAGUGAAAGUAUAAGAAAUAAUUUAUUUGGUUUACCGAAAAAUCAAAUCAUUAACUCUGAACCCUCUAUGAUUAUGAACAAUUUCAUGCGGUUAUUACUAGAUAACAGUACCGUUUUCCAAAUGGAUAGUUCUUACGUACAAAUAUCAUUUUUCGAGUUGAUAGUAAGACAUUAUCAGUUUUUGUCUUUCUCUGGUACGAAAGAUGAACUGUCAUUACUGAAUAUUUUUUGUAGCCCCUUUGGUAUGUUUAACAAAAGAGAAAAGACCAGAUUACGCACAUGGUAUUUGUUUUCUAGGCUUUUAAAAACUACCAAGCCAAAGUUUCCGAUUUCUGUUCUAAAUGAGAUAGUUGGCAAGAUAGCACCAUUACUACCAAUAAAGGUGUAUUCAUUGAAUAACGAUGGUGUCGAGGAGGAUUCCAUUUUUGAAAGUCAAUUAUAUCUCUUUGAGGGUUUAGGAGUAUUAAUUGGAGGAAACACCGAUUCAAACUUUGAAAUCUUGAAUGAGAUCUUAACACCAUUAUUCACAGAUCUUGAAGCUUGUAUUUCCUCUUCACAAGAACAACCUCAAGUUGUGUUACAAUGCCAUCAUAUUUUACUCGCUAUAGGGACUUUGGCAAGAGCAGUUCAUUCGGGUUUAGUUCCUGAGAACAGGGUCAAUAAUGCCCUAGUAAGUAAAAAACUAAUUCAUAGAUCCUUGAUUGAAAAGUUCAUGAAUAUUGCAGAGGUGGUUCUAGUCACAUUUUCAUAUUUCAGUAAACAUGAGACAAUUAGAGAUGCUUCCAGGUUUACGUUUUCUCGUCUAAUACCAAUAUUAAGUGAUGAUAUAGUUCCAUUUGCUAAUAAGCUGAUACUUCUUUAUUUGGAAUCUAAUUUGAAAAUGAUGGAAAUGAGUGAUUUUCUAAGUUUUUUGGGCCAAAUGAUCCAUAUGUUUCACAAAGAGCAAAGUUGUUUCGAAUUAUUUAAUAACCUCCUUGGACCAGUUAUUAGUAAAGUUCAUGUGUUAAUGACACAAAUUGAGCAAGAGAGGAAUGGUGAAGAAAAUCCUGAAUGGAAUGGCACAACUUUGAAUAAAGGGCAUGGCUCUAAUGGAAAGAAUAUAAUUAUUACGGAUGCAUUCAGGGACAAGAUGUUACUCAAAAAGGCUUAUAUGGGUUUUCUGCAGUCAUUUGUUACUAAUAAUGUCACAUCAUUGCUACUAACUACACAAGGAAGAGAGGUGUUACCAACAAUUUUAAAUGACGUAUUGGAAUACACUCCACAAGAGAUUCAAGAACUAUCGGUAAUGAAACUUUCUUUGAAUGUCUUAGUGAAUUUUGUCAAAUUUUUUGGGAGUGGUAAGUGUACUGAUCCUGAGGAUAUGUAUGCUGCUUCCAUUGAGAAGCUUGAUGGCCUGAACGAGUUUUUCAUUACAAAAGUUAUUCCCUUGGUGUUUGAAAUCCCAUUUAAACCCGAAUACAAAUUCAAUGUAAGAGAGGGUAGCUGUAGAGUGAUUGCUUCAGAUCUUUCAAGAUUAUUAUUGGAACUUUAUCUUCAAAGUGGUGGUGGAACGAGUAUUGAUACCAAUCCAUGUCUAAAAUACUUGACAGAAGUAUACUUACCUAUGGUACAAUUCCCUCCUGAGUUAAUCAUGGACUUGGUACAGAAUUUAAUUACAUCAAAUCCUAAAUCCUUUGAGAAAUAUUUUGUUCAAUUAAUUACUAAUUUCACAGCUUAG